AUGCGAUUCAGACUCUUCUCAUUUGCUCUCCUGGUCCUGAACUGUGUGGAUUACGGCCACUGCCAACCCAACCGCUGGAGAAGGAGCAAAAGAGCCAGUUAUGGAACUAGCCCAACAUGCAAAGGUUGUCUGUCGUGCUCGAAAGACAAUGGGUGUAUCCGCUGCCAACCAAAACUGUUUUUCUUUCUGCGGAGAGAAGGGAUGAGGCAGUACGGAGAGUGUUUGCAUUCCUGUCCUCCUGGAUACUAUGGACUGAGAGCACCUGACAUGAACAGAUGUUCAAGAUGCAGAAUCGAGAAUUGUGACUCUUGUUUUAGCAGAGAUUUCUGCACGAAGUGCAAACCAGGAUUUUACUCUCACAAGGGACGUUGUUUUGAGGAAUGUCCCGAGGGAUUUGCACCAUUGGAUGACACCAUGGAGUGUGUGGAUGGAUGUGAGGUGGGACCAUGGAGCGAAUGGGGAACAUGCAUUAGAAAUAACAGAACAUGUGGUUAUAAAUGGGGCCUAGAGACGAGGACUCGACAGAUUGUAAAGAAGCCAGCAAAAGACACAAUCCCAUGUCCAACCAUUGCAGAAUCUAGAAGAUGUAAACUGGCAGUACGGCACUGUCCUGGAGGUAAAAGAACAAUGAAGAAGGACAAAAGGAACAAAAAGAAGAAAAAGAAGUUGCUUGAAAGGGCCCAGGAGCAACACAGCGCUUUUCUGGCCACAGAUAGAAUCAGUCCGUAA